CACACACACACACAGUGACUGCCUAUGCCAGAGCCUGCCUGCGCUCUCAGCUCAAGCCCUCUUAAAGCUGUUUUUCUGCUGGAGAUCAGCUAGAGCUAACGACACACAGCUGAAAAGAGGAGCAGGAGGGAGGAGAAAGGGAGCACAGGGGAAAACAAAUCCACCAGCAGCUUCUGAACUUCUGUCUUUGUGUCUCUCCGGCGGUCCAUUCUUCAGCAGGGAGUGUUUGCUGCUGUAGUUCGGACUUUUUGGCUUUUUGUUUAUUUCUUGCGAGACGGGGGUGGAAGAGGAGAGGGAAAAGGAGAGGGGUUGGAGUUCACAUGACAUAAUCGGAGUGAAUGGGUUGCCAUGGUGACUCACCCAGGGAGCCUGACCUGUGCAGAGUGAAUGGAGGGAGCGCCUCGGACGCCAAGUGAACGAUAAACUAACGGAGGGGAGUCACCAGAGAGAGAGAGAGAAGAGAGGAGAAGGAGUGGUGGAUAACAGAGGGAGCAGAGAGGAGCGGAGCAGAGGUUGAGAAUGGAGGACGGCUUUUCCAGCUACAGCAGCCUGUAUGACACCUCAUCACUGCUACAGUUCUGCAACGAUGACAGUGCGUCAGCAGCCAGCAGUAUGGAGGUGACCGACCGCAUCGCCUCCCUGGAGCAGAGGGUCCAGAUGCAGGAGGACGAGAUUCAGCUGCUGAAGUCUGCUCUGGCUGACGUGGUGCGCCGCCUCAAUGUGUCUGAGGAGCAGCAGGCCAUGGGGUCACGCAGAGGACCCACCAAAGCCAGGCCAAUGAUUGCCACCCUGCCGUUACGGCCCACAGUAAACAACGGGACCAUCCUACCAAAGAAAGGCAGCGGGACUCUGCCCUCCCCAUCUGGACCUGGAUCCAGGAAGGACACCAGCACACCAGCCAACAAGAGCACUGUGAGGAGAGCCAACUCUAAUGAACACGUGGGAACACUCACGCGGAAAGAUUCGGGCGACUCCAAGGGCAACCGAACUCGCGCCGGAUCCACCGGCAGCAAUUCCAGCGGCAAGAGAAGCGACAGCAAACAGAGGGAUCCAGUGUUCAAUGCAGGGAUGCGACGUGUGACCCACUGCAAAGAGGAAGGUUAUGUGAAAAUGUACUUGAAGGGUCGUCCCAUCACCAUGUUCAUGCCCAAAGAGCAGGUGGACAGUUACUGCCUGGAGGCCAGAGCCGACCUGCCCAGCAACAAGCUCAAACUGGACUGGGUUUAUGGUUACCGCGGCCGAGACUGUCGCUCCAACCUUUACUUGUUGCCCACCGGAGAAACGGUGUAUUUCAUUGCCUCGGUGGUCGUCCUGUUCAAUGUGGACGAGCAGCUGCAGAGACACUACACUGGACACACAGACGACAUCAAAUGCCUGGCCGUCCACCCCGACAAAAUCACCAUAGCAACCGGGCAGGUGGCAGGCACCUCUUCAGAUGGGAAACAGCUGGCUCCUCAUGUCCGUGUUUGGGACUCUGUCAGCCUCAACACACUCCACGUCCUGGGAACAGGCUUCUUUGACCGAGCAUUGGUCUGCCUGGCUUUCUCCAAGUCGAAUGGAGGAAACACACUGUGUGUUGUGGAUGACUCCAAUGACCACGUCCUCUCCGUCUGGGACUGGCAGAGAGAGGACAGGCUGGCUGAGGUGAAGUGCUCCAACGAGUCGGUGUUUGCUGCAGACUUUCACCCAACGGACUGCAACAUCAUAGUGACCUGCGGCAAGUCCCAUCUCUAUUUCUGGAACCUGGAGAAAGGCAUGCUGGUCAAGAAGCAAGGCCUGUUUGAGAAGCAGGAGAAGCCCAAGUUUGUGUUGUGCGUGACCUUUGCAGAAAAUGGAGACGCCAUCACAGGAGACUCGAGUGGAAACAUCCUGGUGUGGGGAAAAGGCACUAAUCGCAUCAGCCACGUCAUCCAAGGAGCUCACGAGGGCAGCAUCUUUGCUCUGUCCAUGCUGAGGAACGGCACGCUGGUGUCUGGAGGAAAAGACCGCAGGCUCGUCUCCUGGGACGGCAGCUACCAGCAGAUACAGACGGUGGAGGUGCCUGAGUUGUUUGGUCCCAUCCGGACCAUAGCGGAGGGCAGAGGGGAGACUGUGCUCAUCGGGACCACCAAGCACUUUGUUUUGCAGGGCAGUUUGGAUGGAGAAUUCAUACCUAUUACACAGGGUCACACUGAUGAGUUGUGGGGUCUGGCUGUUCACCCCUGGAAGCCUCAGUUCCUCACCUGUGGCUAUGACAGGCAGGUGUGCCUGUGGGACUCCAGUUCCCAUCAGCUCAUCUGGACCAAGAGUAUUGAGGAUGCUGCCCAGUCAGCAGGCUUCCACCCGUGUGGAGCUGUGGUUGCCAUAGGAACCCAGACUGGCAGGUGGCUGGUGCUGGACACUGACUCUAAGGAUCUUGUCACAGUGCACACAGAUGGGAAUGAACAGCUGUCUGUUAUGAGCUACGGGACAGAUGGCAACUUCCUGGCCAUCGGUUCCCACGACAACUACAUCUAUAUCUACGCCGUGGCUGAAAAUGGGAGGAAGUACAGCCGAGUGGGGAAGUGCUCGGGUCACUCAAGUUUCAUCACCCACCUGGACUGGUCAGUGGACUCCCAGUACCUGGUGUCAAAUUCAGGGGACUAUGAGAUUCUCUACUGGAUCCCAUCAGUGUGUAAACAGGUGGUCAGCGUGGAGACCACCAGAGAUAUCGAGUGGGCCACCUACACCUGCACUCUGGGCUUCCAGGUGUUUGGCCUGUGGCCCGACGGCUCUGACGGCACCGACAUCAACGCUGUCUGCAGGACCAAUGAUAAGAGCCUCCUGGUUACCGGAGACGACUUCGGGAAGGUCCAUCUAUUUUCAUAUCCCUGUUCACAGUUCAGGGCUCCCAGCCAUGUUUACGGCGGCCACAGCAGUCACGUGACCAACGUGACCUUCCUGUACGACGACAGCUACCUGGUGUCAACUGGAGGGAAGGACAUGAGCGUGAUGCAAUGGAGGAUAGUCUGAGGCAGCGAGACAGAAACAGAUACUGUCGGUUUCUCACUGCUGCUGGGGGCCUGAAACCCAGCUGAAGCGAACUGAACUGAACUGAACUGCACUAAACUGAACCGAACCAAACUUAAAUUAACUCAAGACGCUAAAAACAAAAGCGGAUCUGCCUGAACUGAAGCGAAUUGACAGAAGAGGAACCUGAGGUUUCUAUUCCUGAUCUGCUCUCUGAUCCCAAAUGAGAUGAACCGUUGGAGGUGUAAUAUGCGGUUGCUUGAAAACAAGAAAAUCUUGAAUAUUUCUCCUUUUCUUUAUUCACACUACAUGUACAAAAAAAAUCUCUUUCUCUCUCACACUGUACUGUAGCCAACUCACCAAUGACAUGAGACAAAACAAAUCAAACGAAACAGAACCAAAGGCUCUGACUUUCUGACUGUACAGUUUGGCUUUCACUGUUCUCGUGUUGUGCAAACUCCAGCCACAGAUAACAGACUGAAGAGGGUCCCGACUGAACAUCAUCACGCUGGAGAUCGGAGAGCGUUGGAACAAAAACUGUGUACGGAAAGAAAGGACAUAGUGAUUUUCUAAUUGUUAAACUUUCUUUUAUUUUGUAUUUAACAACUCAGGAAAGCACUAGUGAAGCAGGACUCCUCCCUGUUAUUAACGCUGACAUAUCAGAACGAGCCCUAAACACAUCUAAACAUGCAGAGGAAUAUGAACCACAGUUUAAAACACACACAGCUGUUGUCCAGCCAUAAUAGGUGUAUUUGCACUAACUGUGUAUGAAAACUACAUAUUCAGUCUGGGCUAAUGCUGAAUUUGGAGGACAUAAUGAUUUAAUACAGCAAGGAGAAUACUGUGGAGCAGAGGGAGUCUGGAGAAAUAAUUUUUAUGCCAUCUGGAUUCAGAGUUAGAAUUUUAACCAUUUUCCACAACUUUAUCUGAACAUGUUCUCCGUUUUUUUGUGCUUCCAGGUUCUAAAAAAGGAGCCUUUUAUAUUAUUUAUUGAUCAUGAGUCAAUUCCUUCACUGCCAACUUUCAGUUCCUUCGAGUUAUUCCCUACAAUAAAUCCCUGCUUAGUCUUAGCAGAUGUGUAAAUAUACAGAGAGGCUUGAAACAUGAGCAAAGAUGUGGGUGAAUAUAGAGUAUUUGAGGCUGUUUCAGAGGUUUGGAAUGAGUUGUUGCAUCUUGCCUUCGCCUUGAUGAGCGAGGAAAAUGGAAAUCAAGCAUGUGUUGGGGUUUUCUUAAGUGAUGUGAAGCCUUUUCAAAUCUGUAUCUAUCUGCAUUUUACUGCACCCCGAUCAGUUGAAAGGGGAGGGUGAGACCAUUACACUGUAACUGUUUAAGUCUGAUGUGCACCAUCAGUCAAUGGCAAGAUAUUUAACUGAACUGAACCUUCUUCAGGUGUUUUUUUUUACUCUAACUCACUGCUUCAGCCUGAUAAACAUACAGCAGGUGUAUGUACCUGCACAAAAGAACAAGCGAGUCGCCAUUUAGCACUUACUGUAGCUUUUCAUGAACCAAUGAUGUCUGCUUUUAGCCUUCCGAGCUGCGUACUGUCCAUAUGCCUACUGUACCGUACGUAGCAUGUCACACACCUUCAUCUUAUGGUUGGCAGCAAGCCGAUAUUACACACGUGCAUGAAUAAACCAGAUUUCUUUGAUUGGGGUUCAGCAGGUUCAGUAGGCUCAGGCGUGCCGCUGAUGUGAGGCGUGUUGUUUUGAUGGUUGGACUUGUCAGGAAAAUAAAAUGAAAUCUUCUAACAGCAGUGAUAUAAAGUAAACACUCUACAGGGUGAAUGUAACAUGAUUUGUCUUACCACUAAGCACUUGGAGCUGCAGAAUACCAUUGAACAUUUACAUUUGGCUGAAAGUAAAUGCAACAUGAAAUUCC